AUGGAGAAACGAACUUCCAGGGAAUCGGAAGAAAUUAUUUCCAGAAGUUGGGUCCAACGGUUUUGCGUUAGGCAUGCCAUUGUUUUUAAAAAACUUAGUGGGGAAGCCGCGGGAGUCCCAUCGGCAACAUCUGAUGAUUGGCUAUCCAAAGUUUGGCCUACUAUUCGAGAAGGCUACAGUGAUAGUGACGUAUUCAACGCUGAUGAGACAGGUUUAUUUUAUAAACUUACGCCUGACCGUACCCUUCACUUCAAAGGAGAAAAAUGUUCAAACGGGAAACUUUCGAAAGAAAGUAUAACUGUUUUAGUUGCUGCAAACAUGAGUGGAUCAGAAAAACAUGUACCUGCGACAACAAUCACAAAUUGUUUCAAACAUUCUGGUGUGCUGGGAAAUCAAAAUGAGGAACAACCGUCAGAACCAGCCGAAACUAACGCACUGGAUGAACCUGAAUUUUUGCCGUGGUCCGAAUCCUUAGAACUGCCAACCUUAAUAAAUAAAGAUGUCUUAGCAGACUAUGCAAAAAUUGACGAGGGUCUCCACACGGAACAAGAUAUUAGUGAUGAGGACCUUAUCAAUGAACUUGACGCCGAUAUUGAAACCGACAAUGGAGAAGAGGAUGAAGAAGAACAACUUGACAUCCCACCGUUAACCGACGCAUUGAGGGCGGCAUAA